AUGGCACCACAGAGCAACAACACCACCGCUUUCGUCUCCAAGACCCAGCACUAUUUGAAGGUGAAGAAGCCCCUUCUGGAGCGCCAGCGUCGUGCCCGCAUGAACAAGUGUUUGGACACAUUGAAGACCCUGGUGGCCGAGUUCCAGGGCGACGAUGCCAUCCUGCGAAUGGACAAGGCCGAGAUGCUGGAGGCGGCACUUGUCUUCAUGCGCAAACAGGUCGUCAAGCAGCAGGCGCCGGUCUCCCCACUUCCCAUGGAUAGUUUCAAGAAUGGCUACAUGAACGCCGUCAGCGAGAUCUCCCGCGUGAUGGCCUGCACCCCGGCCAUGAGUGUGGAUGUUGGCAAGACAGUGAUGACCCAUCUGGGCGUCGAGUUCCAGCGCAUGCUGCAAGCCGAUCAGGUCCAGACUUCAGUGCCAACCUCCACCCCGCGCCCACUCAGCCCCGCCUCCUCGGGAUACCACAGCGAUAACGAGGACUCCCAAUCCGCCGCCAGCCCCAAGCCAGCCGAAGAAACCAUGUGGCGCCCUUGGUAA